AUGGCGGUGAUCUCGCUGGGAGUCUUCGAGCACAUCUCCAACUUUGAGUCUUGGGUUCGACAUGUCAAAGGAGCGGCCGCGUUGGUGGUUGCCCGCGGCAAAUCGCAAUUCGCCCGUAGGUCUGCCAUCCUGAUGUUCAACCAGGUGCGCGCCGAUAUGGCAACGGCUUGUAUCCAGACCGUGCAGCCGUUUCCGGCCGACUUGCAGGAGCUGCAGGAAGAGGCGACCAAAUAUACCGACCGUUGGGAUGCAUCAUGGCUAGCUGGCAUCCUCGCCACGCGGUGCGCAACUCUUUUCGCGGGCGUCGCAAAGAAGCAUCAGGACAAGUUUCUAGAGACACCCAGAUCCUGGGCGGACUUUCUAGAAGAAGCAAUCGCGAUUCAGAGUGAUUUUCAGCAUGUUCUUGAUAUGCUCGCUCUGCAAGAACCGUACAUAACUACCAGGGAACUCCGUGGGAGUACGACUUUCGUUUCUUGUAAUGGCCAAUAUGACCUAUACAAGACAACCUGGGCAAUAAGGCUUUGGAACAACUGUCGAACGGUGGAAAUUAUCGUUUGCAAGAUUAUAUGCUGGCUUAUAAACCAGAUCCUGACAGAGGAGUCGGCUCGUCCCGCUUCGAGCCAGCUGAAGCUUCAAUCAAAGCUCCGGUAUACCAUGCAGGUUAUUUCAAGACGAAGCACGGACAUCCUGGCCAGUGUUCCACAGGGUCUAGGGCUCGUCUCGGUCCCUGAUGCGGAUAUACCCCAGGAACCCAGCGUGUCGGGUGGGUAUAUGCUGAUCUGGAAUCUGUAUACCGUCGGUAAAUCUCCUGCUAUCAGUGCUCAAGAUCGCCAAUGGAUCAUCAAGCAACUGAAGGGUAUCAGUGAGCGCGCAAACAUUGCAAUGGCAUUCGAGCUCGCGAAGGAUCUUGUUAAAAUAGGACGAACUGAGCAUUGA